AUGCUCUACUGCUGGGGAGAAGGCGCCUCCGGGCAGCUGGGCCUGGGGGGAGCGGGCGAGGAGGAGGAGGAGGAGGAGCAGGAGCAGCAGGGCUCGGGGCCGGUCCGCUUCCAACAAAUCCAAGCUCUGGAAGCGCAGCCUAUCGUCCACGUAAGCUGCGGGAAGAAGCACUCCCUAGCCAUUUGCAGCCACGGAAGGGUUUUCUCUUGGGGAGCCGGCACUUUUGGACAGUUGGGCACCGGAGAACUUAAAGACCGCUUGAUCCCCAAGAAAAUAGAGGGCUUAUCUACAUGCAAAAUCAUACAGGUGGCCUGUGGACACUACCACUCAAUAGUCCUGACAAAAGAUGGCAGAGUCUUCUCCUGGGGGCAGAACAGCUACGGCCAGCUGGGAAUCGGUAAAGAAGUCUCUUCCCAUGGUCAGCCGCAGCAUGUUUCUGCUCUGGACGGCAUCCCGUUGGCCCAGGUGGCUGCAGGCGGGGCACACAGUUUUGCCCUCUCCCUUUUGGGAAUUGUAUACGGAUGGGGAAGAGACAGUGCACAUCAGCUGGGUCUAAGUCAGAGUGACCCCAGAGAGCAGGUCUUCAAGCCACGCUCGGUGGGUGCUCUAAGGAACCUUGACGUGAUCUACAUUAGCUGUGGGGCUGAGCACACGGCUGUCCUCACCCAGAAUGGCAGCGUCUUCACAUUCGGCGAUGACUCCGCUGGACAACUGGGGAGUAGCUCUUCUGCCCAGGAAAGAGGCCCUCAAAAGGUUGACCUGAUUGACGGGCCGGUUUCCCAUCUGGCAUGUGGAAGCUAUCACACUCUUGCCUACAUCUCUGUUUCCGGCAAGCUGAUCUCUUUAGGACGGGGACGCAGCGAAUGUGGAACAGCAUCUUGCGAGCAGGCUGAGACGCAGAGCUUUAACAUUAGUGCACUAAUUUCUCCUAAUGAAUUGGUAGACGUUUCAAUAAAACAGAUUUUUGCAGGAACAUACGUCAACUUUGCCAUCGCUGAGGUAUGUUCUGCCUCUAAGGACACAAGCGGAGUUUCCUCAGUAGAAGCCUUGCCGAAGAUUAGCCAGCUGGACAGGGCACUGCUUGAUGAAUGGAUGGCAGCAGAAGAAAACGAAAGUCGACAGAAGGCAGAGAGAGAAAUAGCAGAGAUAUUUUCUUCCCCUCCUUGUUUAACGGCAAGCUUUUUAAAACCAAAGUCUGCUCUGAAAGCUGGCUGCUGUAUGAUGGUUGACCUACAAAAAGCAAGAGACGUAUUCGAUGAGCUUACCCAGAGGGACUGGAUUGCUAGCAAGGUCUUUCUCUGUGUACUGAACCAUCUGCUCCACGACCUCCCACUGGACUCUCCUCACCAAGAGGCCUUUUCUUGCUUCCUCCUCGUACCCGAGUGCCUCGAAGCUCUUGAAGCAAAGAGCCAGCAGAGUUUGGGCAGGGCCUUUGCAGACCCCGUCUCCAAGCUGAGCAAGCGCUCUUCAGACGUUCUAGAAAAACAUUGGUCGGCUUUGCCAGCUGCUUUUUUCAACAGAAUAGUUCAGAUGCUGAAGAAGGCUGUGGUAUCCCUGCUGCCUUAUUACUAUGUAGCUCCCCACAGUCAGGAACUGGUCCCUGUCUUGGAAGCCCUUCAGAAACUCUACGAGGUAGACUCUGGCAAGGAAAGUGUUCCAAAUAACUCUGCUUUGCUGUUUUCCAUCCAGGGCAUAAAGAUAGACGCUCACGAAGAAUUGUUCAGCCCUCCGCUGAGCCGAACUGCUGAACAUCCCAACUCACCCGUCUUUCUCCUGAGGGUGCAGCGCGAAAACCUUGUGGCGCACACUUUGCACAUAUUGAGUCAGGUGGAAGACGCCUCCCUGAAAAUGGAGCUGUUGGUUGAAUUUGAAGGAGAACCGAAAUGCGAACCCAACAGUACCGUGGUUGAAUUCUUCUUCUAUGUGUUUGACGAGAUGAUCCGGCCAGAUUAUGGGCUGUUUAUGUACUGUGAGCAGAAUUCUCCUAUGUGGUUUCCUGCAAAACCUUCCGCAGAGAUGAAGAAUUAUUACCUCUUUGGGGUCCUGUAUGGGCUCAGUCUGUUCAAUAGGGUACUUGCUUAUGUACCUUUCCCGCGUGCUGUCUUCAAAAAACUGAUGGGCAAGAAGCCCUCCCUCCAUGACCUGAAAGAGCUCAGUCCAGUUUUGGGAAAGAGUUUGCAGUCAGUUCUCGAUUAUGAACAGGAUGACAUAGAAGCAAACCUUCAGCUGAGUUACAAUAUAACCUGGGAUAACGUGACUGUAGACUUAAUUCCCAAUGGCAGUACGGUAGCUGUGAAUACCGCAAACAGGAAGGACUUCGUCAGCAAGUAUGUAGAUUAUAUCUUCAACAAAUCUGUGCAAAGUGUUUUUGAAGAGUUCAAGAGGGGUUUUUAUAAAGUCCUGGACAAACGGGUCAUUGGCCUCUUCAUGCCCCAGGAGCUGGUGGAAGUGGCAACUGGGCACGUGAAUUAUGACUGGGACGCCUAUGAACAGAAUACUGCAUACUGGGGGAUAUAUAAUAUGGUACACCCUACCAUAAAGAUGUUCUGGCAGGUUUUCCGUGGACUAUCUUUGGCUGACAAAAAAGGCUUUCUGUUGUUUGUCUCCGGAAGUGACCGUCUGCCGGUAAAACCAAAGGAGGACAUGCACCUAAAAAUUCAUUCGACUGAGGGGCUUUCAGAAGAUCACCUCCCCGAAGCCCAGACCUGCUGUCAAAUUCUACUUCUGCCUCCUUAUUCCACAGUAGAAAAACUGAAGAAGAAACUUAUCCAGGCCAUUGAGAACAACCGGGGCUUCGGCAGACCGUGAUGCUGCUAAUUUCACAGAUGCACGUACAAACCCCUUCGUCUUUUAAAGUUGUUAUUCUGUUAGUGUGAUUCAGGGCUUGGUGGACAUAUGCCCCUUGGGGGGAGGUAUCUUCCCUGUCUCUGGAACAACAGCCACAGCAAAGAAAAGGGGCAAACAGAUGAAAUUCAGGAAGCAAGAAGUAAA